AUGAAGCUGCAAUUGCUGGCGGCCAGUCUACUGCUGCUGCAGGCCUCCAAUGUCAACGCUGCCGGCAUCGAUACUCAGCGCGCCAUCUCAAAUCCGCAGAAUAACGACCACGCAAACACGCGACUCUUCCCUUUCCUCACCAAACUUCGCGACAAGGCUAUCGAGACUGUCUUCGGACGCCACCCAACCAAGAAGACAACCCCGCCGCCCGUCCCCAAUCAACUGCGCGCUCAAUACGUUAAGCAACUAGUCAUUCGAUUCAAUGUCACCACUUCUCACGAAGAGGGUGCUCUUGCCGAUGCCGCUGCUCGUCUAUUCCUGGACGUCUGGGCCUUCACCGAGAACUAUGUGGACAUUCGCAUGCACUCCGACGAGAUCCGACCACUACUAAGCUUGCUUCCUAAGUCACUACACACAUCGCAUUCGGUCCUGAUACCAGACUUGGCAGCGGCUGUCUAUAGCUCAUUGCCAACUGGCGGGAACCCAGCUUAUACAGAUCCCACAACCGCUGGCCCAAUACUCAAGGUUGCAUCUUCCCCUGGGGACAACCUCUUCUUCCAAGACUACCAGUCCCUGCCAGUGAUAAUGCGCUGGAUGCGUCUUCUUGAGGCAAUGUUUCCUUCUUAUGUCAAAUACAUCAAUAUUGGCAAAUCAUACGAAGGCCGUGAUAUACCUGCCCUGCGCGUAGGAAUUCCGAAUACGGCACCGGAUGCGCCCCGACGGAAGACGAUUAUGAUAAUGGGUGGCUCGCACGCUCGUGAAUGGAUCUCAACUAGCACUGUCAACUACCUGGCAUGGUCUUUUAUCACUAGUUAUGGUAAGGAAAGAAUGAUUACGAAGCUUUUGGACGAGUUCGAUCUGGUUUUCCUUCCAAUCGCCAACCCAGAUGGUUUUGAAUACACCUGGCAUAUUGAUCGACUCUGGCGCAAAACCCGGCAACAAACCAAUCUCCAAUUCUGUCGCGGUUUGGAUCUUGAUCGUGCUUACGGAUACGAGUGGGAUGGCUCUCAGGUUCAACGAGACCCUUGCUCAGAGAGCUAUGGGGGAGAGAAGCCCUUCCAGGCUGUUGAAGCGGUCCAUAUCGCCGACUGGGCGCGUAACCAGACCUGGGCCAACAACGUCCGAUUCGUAGGUUUGAUUGACCUACACUCGUACUCACAGCAGAUCCUCUACCCCUUCUCUUACACCUGUUCGGUUGACCCUCCCAACCUGGAGAACCUGGAAGAACUCGCUGCAGGCAUUGCAAAAUCGAUACGCCUAUCGAAUGGAGAGUCCUAUACCGUCGCAUCUGCAUGUGAAGGCGCUGUGUCAGCACGUGAGUUCAGUGGGGGUCGGUAUUGGUCCCGAAUUGAGUCCGGUGGUGGAUCGGCUGUUGACUGGUUUUACCACGAGAUGCGAGCCCACUACAGCUAUCAGAUCAAGCUUCGAGAUACCGGCAGCUAUGGCUUCCUGCUCCCUAAAGAGCAUAUAGUACCCACUGGUGAAGAAAUAUUCAAUGCCAUGAAGUACUACGGAGACUAUCUUCUGGGCAACAAUGGCAUCGAGUGGUUUCCCGAGGCCGAAUCGGAUGACGAUUUCAAAACAAACAAAAAGGAACCGCUGCCAGAGCUUGAGGAAGACGUGACAGCGGGACAAGACCUAAAGAGGAGGAGAAUGCGAAGGUGA